GAACACCUAUUUACCAAACUGGAUAAACCAUUCUUAGCAAAUUUAAUAGCAAAAAUUUUCGAACAAAUAUGGUACAGAAGUAACAAGAAAAAUCAUGAAUAUUUCACCUACGAAAUAACAUAUGAAAGAGUACUUAAGAGAUUGAAGUUAAUCUGUGCAGCAGCAUGGGAAAGAGAAGUCAAAAACAUU